AUGGAGAAGAUUGGGAAGAGAUUUGAAGGGAAGGUGGCUAUAGUCACGGCUUCGACUCAGGGCAUCGGCUUCGGCAUCGCGGAACGGCUCGGCUUGGAAGGUGCCUCUGUCGUUGUCUCCUCCCGCAGACAGAAAAAUGUAGAUGCAGCAGUAGAAAAACUUAAGGCUCGAGGAAUUAAAGCGUUCGGAGUAGUAUGCCAUGUGUCAAAUGCUCAGCAAAGAAAGAAUUUGAUAGAACAGACUCUUCAGAAAUAUGGGAAAAUAGACGUGAUUGUGUCAAAUGCUGCUGCCAACCCGGCUGUGGAUACCAUUUUGGAAACAAAAGAACCAGUCCUUGAUAAAUUAUGGGAGAUCAAUGUGAAAGCCUCUAUACUAGUUUUACAAGAGGCAGGUCCUCACUUGAAGAAGGGUUCGUCAGUUGUUCUCAUUUCUUCCAUAGCUGCUUACCAUCCACCUGCGGCCUUGGCUAUGUAUGGGGUGACCAAAACAGCCCUGCUUGGGCUUACCAAGGCACUUGCAGCCGAGAUGGCCCCAAAUACUCGUGUAAAUUGCGUUGCACCUGGUUUUGUUCCAACACACUUUGCCGCAUUCCUCACAACAGAUGAAAGCAUGAAGAAGGGUCUUGAGGAGAAAACACUGCUCAAUAGGCUUGGAACCACGCAAGACAUGGCUGCAGCAGCUGCCUAUUUGGCUUCUGAUGAUGCUUCUUACGUUACUGGGGAAAUUUUGGUAGUUGCUGGAGGAAUGCCUUCGAGACUGUAA